UCACUGUUGCUGAGAGGUGAAAUGGAGCAGCAGACUGAGAAUCAUUUGGAGAAAAUCUCUUGUUCCAUCUGUCUGAAUCUACUGAAGGAUCCUGUGACUACUUCCUGUGGACACAGCUACUGCAUGAACUGUAUUAAAAGACACUGGGAUGGAGAAGACCAGAAGGGAAUCUACAGCUGCCCUCAGUGCAGGAAGACUUUCAUACCGAGGCCUGUCCUGGAGAAAAACACCAUGUUAGCAGAGUUAGUGGAGCAGCUGAAGAAGACUGGACUCCAAGCUGCUCCAGCUGAUCACUGCUAUGCUGGACCUGAAGAUGUGGCCUGUGAUGUCUGCACUGAGAGGAAGCUGAAAGCCUUCAAGUCCUGUCUGGUCUGUCUGGUUUCUUACUGUGAGAAACACCUCCAACCUCACUAUGAUGCAGCUCCAUUCAAGAAACACAAGCUGGUGGAGCCCUCCAAGAAGCUCCAGGAGAACAUCUGCUCUCAUCAUGAUGAGGUGAUGAAGAUUUUCUGUCGUACUGAUCAGCAGAUUAUCUGUUAUCUCUGCACAAUGGAUGAACAUAAAGGCCAUGAAACAUUCCCAGCUGCAGCAGAAAGGACUGAGAAGCAGAAGGAGGUGGAGGUGAUGCUAGAAAACAUCCUGCAGGGAAUCCAGGAGAGAAAGAAAGAUGUGGAGCUGCUUAGACAGGAGCUGAAGGCCAUCAAAUGCUCUGCUGAUAAAACAGUGGAGGACAGUAAGGAGAUCUUCACUGAAAUGAUCCGUCUCCUCCAGAAAAGAAGCUCUGAUGUGGAGCAGCUGGUCAGAUCCCAGCAGGAAACUGAAGAGAGUCGAGUCAAAGAUGUUGAGGAGAAGCUGGAGCAGCAGAUCACUGAGCUGGAGAGGAAAGGCUCCGAGCUGAAGCAGCUCUUAAACACAGAGGAUCACAACCAGUUUCUACACAACUACCCCUCACUGCCACCACCCAGUGAGUCUACACACUCAUCCAGCAUCAAGAUUCGUCCUCUGAGGUACUUUAAGGAUGUGAAAGCAGCUGUGACAGAGACCAGAGAGAAACUACAGGACAUUCUGAGAGAGACAUGGACAAACAUCUCAGUGACAGUGACUGAAGUGGAUGUUUUACUGUCACAACCAGAGCCAAAGACCAGAGAUGAAUUCUGGAAAUAUUCAUGUGAAAUCACACUGGAUCUAAACACAGCAAACACAUAUCUGUUAUUAUCUGAGGGAAACAGAAAAGUAACUGUAACGGAAGAAGAACAGUCAUAUUCUGAUCAUCCAGACAGAUUCACUGAUUAUUGGCAGGUCCUGAGUAGAGAGAGUCUGACUGGACGUUGUUACUGGGAGGUGGAGUGGAGAGGAGGAGUAGUUGGUGUAGCAGUCGCAUACAAGAAUAUCAGAAGAGCAGGGGAGUCAGAUGAAUGUUUAUUUGGAUUUAAUGACAAAUCCUGGGCGUUACGUAGUUACACAAACAGUUACGAAUUUUACUACAACAAAGUCUCAACUUCUGUCUCAAGUCCUGUUUCCUCCAGAGUAGGAGUGUACCUGGAUCACAGAGCAGGUCUUCUGUCUUUCUACAGCGUCUCUGAAACCAUGACUCUCCUCCACAGAGUCCAGACCACAUUCACUCAGCCUCUCUAUGCUGGACUUUGGUUCUUUGGUUAUGAAGACACUGCUGAGUUCAUUAAAAUCAAAUAAACUGAGAUGGAUUCAGUGAAAAUCUCUUGUUCCAUCUGUCUGAAUCCAUUGAAGGAUCCUGUGACUAUUCCCUGUGGACACAGCUACUGCAUGAACUGUAUUAAAAGACACUGGGAUGGAAAAGACCAGAAGAGAAUCUACAGCUGCCCUCAGUGCAGGAAGACUUUCAUACCAAGGCCUGUCCUGGAGAAAAACACCAUGUUAGCAGAGUUAGUGGAGGAGCUGAAGAAGACUGGACUCCAAGCUGCUCCAGCUGAUCACUGCUAUGCUGGACCUGAAGAUGUGGCCUGUGAUGUCUGCACUGGGAGGAAGCUGAAAGCCUUCAAGUCCUGUCUGGUCUGUCUGGCCUCUUACUGUGAGAAACACCUCCAACCUCACUAUGAUGCAACUCCAUUAAAGAAACACAAGCUGGUGGAGCCCUCCAAGAAGCUCCAGGAGAACAUCUGCUCUCAUCAUGAUGAGGUGAUGAAGAUUUUCUGUCGUACUGAUCAGCAGAGUAUCUGUUAUCUCUGUUUAAUGAAUGAACAUAAAGACCAUGAAACAGUCCCAGCUGCAGUAGAAAGGGCUGAGAAGCAGAAGGAGGUGAAGGUGAUGCUACAAAACAUCCUGCAGGGAAUCCAGGAGAGAAAGAAAGAUGUGGAGCUGCUUAGACAGGAGCUGAAGGCCAUCAAAGACUCUGCUGAUAAAACAGUGGAGGACAGUAAGGAGAUCUUCACUGAGAUGAUCCGUCUCCUCCAGAAAAGAAGCUCUGAUGUGGAGCAGCUGGUCAGAUCCCAGCAGGAAACUGAAGAGAGUCGAGUCAAAGAUGUUGAGGAGAAGCUGGAGCAGCAGAUCACUGAGCUGAAGAGGAAAGGCUCCGAGUUGAAGCAGCUCUUAAAGACAGAGGAUCACAACCAGUUUCUACACAACUACCCCUCACUGCCACCACCCAGUGAGUCUACACACUCAUCCAGCAUCAAGAUUCGUCCUCUGAGGUACUUUAAGGAUGUGAAAGCAGCUGUGACAGAGACCAGAGAGAAACUACAGGACAUUCUGAGAGAGACAUGGACAAACAUCUCAGUGACAGUGACUGAAGUGGAUGUUUUACUGUCACAACCAGAGCCAAAGACCAGAGAUGGAUUCUUGAAAUAUUCAUGUGAAAUCACACUGGAUCCAAACACAGCCAAUGCAUGUCUGUUAUUAUCUGAGGGGAACAGAAAAGUAAAACUACUGGAAGAAGAACAGUCUUAUUCUGAUCAUCCAGACAGAUUCACUGCUUAUUGGCAGGUCCUGAGUAGAGAGAGUCUGACUGGACGUUGUUACUGGGAGGUGGAGUCGAGAGGAAGAGGAGUUGAAGUAGCAGUCGCAUACAAGAAUAUCAGCAGAGCAGAGAGGUCAUAUGAAUGUUGGUUUGGCUUUAAUGACAAAUCUUGGGCUUUAUAUUGUGAGAAAAACAGUUACAGAUUUUACCACAACAAAGUCUCAACUUCUGUCUCAGGUCCUGUUUCCUCCAGAGUAGGAGUGUACCUGGAUCACAGAGCAGGUCUUCUGUCUUUCUACAGCGUCUCUGAAACCAUGACUCUCCUCCACAGAGUCCAGACCACAUUCACUCAGCCUCUCUAUGCUGGACUUUGUCCUCGUUAUGAUGGAGACACUGCUGAGUUGAUUAAAGUCAAUUGA